UUAUUUUUAUUUAUUUAAUUAAUUUUUCUAAAUUGAUGCAUCUGUCUCUCUCUAGGGAUCACUCUCCAUGAUGAAGCUUUAGACUGGGCAGCUGCUGGUGAUCAUGUCAGUCUAACUGUAACUGGCAUGGACAUCAUCAAAAUAAAUGUUGGAUGUAUAUUCUGUGAUCCCAAAGAGCCCAUCAGAGCCUGUACAAGAUUCCGAGCAAGAAUUCUCCUCUUUAAUAUAGAAGUUCCCGUCACGCAAGGCUUCCCCGUACUGUUACAUUAUCAGACCGUAAGUGAACCGGCCACUAUUAGGAAGUUAGUCAGUGUAUUACACAAGAGUAGUGGAGAAGUUCUCAAGAAGAAACCAAAGUGUUUGAGUAAAGGACAAAAUGCUGUGGUGGAGAUUCAAACACAGAGGCCUGUGGCUCUGGAGCUCUAUAAGGACUAUAAAGAACUGGGGCGGUUCAUGCUGAGAUAUGUGGGCUCGACCAUUGCUGCUGGAGUUGUCACUGAGAUCAAAGAGUAAGAACCAGUUGGAACAGGAUCCUCCAGAAAAAACAAACUGGGCGAAACCUCUGGACAGAAGUGCAAUUCCCCCUCAGAGCUACAGUAACACAAACAUAAAGUGAAUACACACAGAUGCCCGCAAGGCAACAUCUAGCCACAGUUCACAUUUCACCUUGUUAAAGGCCCUAGAAUGAGUGUGAAUGUUUGUGUGUGUGUGUGUGUGUGUGUGUGUGUGUGUGUGUGUGUAUGUGUGUGUUAGAGAGCGACUGCAUUUUGUCCUGCCCCUCAACUUGCAGUAUACAAUUGAUCUGUGUAAUAAUUCAUCCAAAAUUUCAACUUAAACCCUCCUAAAACACACGGGAACACACAGAGAACAUUUACCUGUAAUUUAAGUUGGUUUGCUUCCAUUCGUUGACUGCAUCAUAAACUGAACUCAUUGUUUUAUUAUUUGAUAUUUUAUUUAGAUUAUUGUAAAGUGCAUCAUUUUUGACUACAAGAUGGCAGCACAGAAUGGACAUUUAGUUUUGGUUCAAAUGGAAGGUUUUUAAGGUUAAUUAAUCAAAUUAGUUAAGUAUGUGUACAUUUGUAAAAGGGAAAAUAGAUUAAGCAACAAAGCUGGCUGUUCUCAUCUCCUCCAUCAGUUUCUCAUGUGAGCGGGACAGUGUGAAUGAAACCUGCCCUUCCAUUGCUGCUACUCAGUCUUUUCCUGAUCAUUAAUGAGAAAACAGAAGGAUCGAGAACCAGUGGGCAAAUAGAUAUUCUGUGGAGAAACUCAUCCGCAUGUCUAUAAUCUAACAGUAAUCACUUUAAGGACCUAACGGACAUGACUUUUACUCAUCUGUUUUUGACUUGAUUAUUAAGGGGUUUUAAUUUAAAGAACAUUUUGUUUGGGUGUAUCGAAGCUGAAGUUGUUCAAUUGGGGAAAAGCUUCUUCAUCAGAAAAAUAAAAAAUAUUGAUCACUGUGGAAAACAUGAGUGUGUGUAUUGUUGGGCCAGUAAAUAUAUACAUAAUACUUA